CUGUAGAUAACCAGAGACAUACAUCAUGGACCUGUAUGGAAAGAUGGCUGCCACUCAGGAUGUUAAAGGGAAGGGAGAGGGAGGGGACCAGAACUUUGACUAUAUGUUCAAGCUGCUGAUCAUUGGAAACAGCAGUGUUGGCAAGACGUCAUUCCUUUUCCGUUACGCAGACGAUGCCUUCACUUCAGCCUUCGUCAGCACAGUGGGCAUUGACUUUAAAGUGAAGACUGUCUACAAGAAUGACAAGAGGAUCAAACUACAGAUCUGGGACACAGCAGGCCAGGAGCGGUACAGGACCAUCACCACUGCCUACUACCGUGGGGCCAUGGGGUUCAUCCUUAUGUAUGACAUCACCAACGAGGAGUCCUUUGGUGCCGUGCAGGACUGGUCAACCCAAAUCAAAACCUAUUCAUGGGACAAUGCACAGGUGGUGCUGGCUGGGAAUAAGUGUGACAUGGAGGAAGAGAGGGUGGUGUCUGUGGACAGUGGCAGACUGCUGGCAGAACAGCUGGGCUUCGAGUUCUUUGAGACGAGCGCCAAGGACAACGUCAACGUGAAGCAGACCUUCGAGCGCCUGGUUGACCUCAUCUGUGACAAGAUGUCCGAGAGCCUGGACACCGACCCGGCCGUCACCACGGGGGCUCCCACCGCCAAGCUGACAGACAGCGCCCCGCCCCUCCCACAGCCGGGGUGCAACUGUUAG